UGGAUUUGGUAACACCUCCAUCUCCAUUAGCCCUAGCGCCUCAAAGUCUCUACGAAUCUCUUCCUUGUAGAGCUUUUCCGUUCGUCCGAUUGAGCGAUUGAACGGGAAAAUCUUUUUAGGUUUCCUUUAAUUUUACUUCUCUCGUCAGGUCUUGGCGGGGAAGGAGAAAAAUAAUCGGAGUUCGGAUCUUCAUCGAGUGGGUAGGAAGGAUGCUAGCUUUGUUUGUUGAAUACUGACUUGCUUGUGAUCAAUUUCUCCAUACCUUUUGAAGUCAUGGAAACUGGGGAGUCUGCUCCCCCUUCCCUUGGUCCUCGCUAUGCACCGGACGACCCUACUCUUCCCAAACCUUGGAAGGGAUUGAUUGAUGGGAGCACUGGACUGUUGUACUACUGGAACCCUGAAACCAACGUUACUCAGUAUGAAAAACCGGUCUCUUUGCCACCACCAUUACCACUCGCUCCUCAUCCUAGUGCCUCUACUUCCAAGCCUACUUCAAUCCCGGAGGGUCAUUCAAUGCCAUCAAAUGGCACAUUAACCCCUCAUGUACAGCAAAGUCAUCAUGUCCCUCAACAGGAAGGCCAAUCAAACAGCCAGCUUUCUCAACAACCUGGACAUCUGAUGUCACAACAGCACAGUUCUGUUGCAGGUCAGGCAAUUGUUAAUCACCAUCCUAGCAUGCAAAUGGCACCAGAUGGGCGACAACAUAGCGUGCAACCGAACCAGGUUUUGCAGCAACAGGGGAUGUUUCCGAUGUCGUCGCAGCAUAUUGGCCAGCAGCAGGUCAUGCAUCAAGGUCAGAAAAUGGCACAUGCCAACCAACAAAUAUCUCAGCAUCCUAACCAGCAACCCCUGCAGAAUCCAGGACAACAAAUACCACAGCCCUCAAUCCAGCAUUUAGGACAGCCAAACAUGCAAAAUCAAACCCCAUUAGUUGGCCAGCCUCAAGGUCCGCAAUAUGGUCAGCAGCAGCCUCAGUAUAUUGGUUACCAGCAAAGCGUACAUCCAAGUGUGCAGCAAAAUCCCCAGCAGCAAGUUCAACAGAGCCCUUUAGGACAACCAUUUGGUAAUCACCUUGAGCAGAAGUCAGCUUUUCAGAAGAGAGAGGAGGACAAUAUCGAGUCAGGAAACCAAAUUGGAUUUUCUACUUCCCAGUUUCAACAAAGUGGUGGUACGUCAUCUAUUCAUAGUGUUCAUCCUGGAACCAAUUCUUCUCAAAUGCAACAAUACGGUUUACCUUCCGAUCAAGCACGACAAUUUGGUGGUUCUCCAGGAAACAUGCAACAGCCGCAUCCUGUGGUUCAAUUGCAGCAUUCAGGUACUGAAUUGACUCAUCGCCAACAUCAUUCUAGAUUCCAAGAUCCAAUGGGCCCAGCUGCGAUGCAGGAGAAGCAAGCUGGUUCUGAAAAUUUGCCAGGCAGAGCUGGAAAUGAAUAUUUCUUUGGCAGGAAUGAGGGGCCUGGAAUUGGUCCACAUCAACCAAGGCUUGCAGCAAUACCAAUGGCAAGGAGCCAGCAGGAUACAAGGAUGAGUGGUGUCCCAUUUCCAAGUGUGGCACCCGGUCAUCCUAGUGGAACAAGUUUUGCAGCCGGGCAAUCACAUAAUAUGUACAACCAUGGGUCUGGUGGUCCAUCAUUGUCAAACAAUGCUUUGAUGGGCCCUCCCCAUAUUGGAGCUUCAGAUGUUACUAAUAUGUCACCUGUUGAAGUUUAUCGUCAACAGCAUGAAGUAACUGCCACGGGUGAUAAUGUUCCAGCUCCAUUCAUGACAUUUGAGGCUACUGGCUUCCCUCCGGAGAUACUGAGAGAGAUAUAUUCUGCUGGUUUCUCAUCUCCCACGCCAAUUCAAGCACAAACAUGGCCGAUUGCCCUGCAAGGUAGAGACAUAGUCGCAAUUGCUAAAACAGGGUCUGGCAAAACUUUGGGCUAUUUGAUUCCUGCUUUCGUUCUUCUAAGGCAGUGCCGAAAUAACCCUCAAAAUGGACCAACGGUGUUGGUUUUGGCUCCUACUAGGGAGCUUGCUACUCAAAUACAAGAUGAGGCAAUUAAAUUUGGGAGGGCUUCCAGGAUUUGUUGUACGUGCUUGUAUGGUGGUGCUCCAAAAGGUCCUCAGCUUAAAGAGUUAGAUCGUGGGGCUGAUAUUGUUGUGGCAACUCCUGGCCGACUUAAUGAUAUACUAGAAAUGAAAAUGAUCAAUUUUAGGCAAGUUUCACUUCUUGUGCUUGAUGAAGCUGAUCGGAUGCUUGACAUGGGAUUUGAACCCCAAAUUAGAAAGAUUGUGAAUGAAAUACCACCACGCAGACAAACUCUUAUGUAUACAGCGACCUGGCCCAAGGAAGUAAGAAAAAUAGCAAAUGAUCUUCUUGUCAAUUCUGUCCAGGUGAAUAUUGGAAGUGUUGAUGAACUUGCCGCUAACAAGGCUAUCACACAGUAUGUUGAAGUCGUUCCACAGAUGGAAAAACAGAGACGGUUGGAGCAGAUCCUCAGGUCCCAGGAACGGGGGUCUAAGGUUAUAAUUUUUUGUUCCACUAAGAGAUUGUGUGAUCAGCUUGCACGGAAUCUUGGGCGUGGGUUUGGGGCUGCUGCAAUUCAUGGAGACAAAUCACAAGGAGAGCGUGAUUGGGUAUUGAACCAGUUUCGUAGCGGAAAGUCCCCGAUACUAGUUGCCACAGAUGUUGCUGCCCGCGGGCUUGACAUCAAAGAUAUAAGAGUGGUGAUCAACUUUGAUUUUCCAACUGGAAUUGAGGACUAUGUCCACCGAAUUGGAAGAACUGGGAGGGCUGGAGCAACGGGAAUGGCAUAUACCUUCUUUUGUGAACAGGAUUGGAAAUAUGCUGCUGAUUUGAUUAAAGUACUGGAGGGUGCGGAUCAGCUUGUGCCUCCUGAGUUGCGAGAUAUGGCUAUGCGUGGGGGGCCGAGUUUUGGCAAGGAUAGGGGCGGUUUGGGUCGUUUCGAUGCAGCUAUGGGUGGCAGCCGCUGGGAUUCUGGAGGCCGAGGUGGCAUGAGAGAUGGUGGGUUUGGUGGUCGUGGUGGUGCAAGAGAUGGUGGGUUUGGUGGCCGCGGUGGAAUGAGAGAUGGCGGAUUUGGUGGCCGUGGUGGAAUGAGAGAUGGUCUUGCUGGUGGACGAGGUGGGAGAGGUGAUUUCUUUUCUGGACGAGGUAGAGGAGGACGGGCCUUUGGUGGCCCUCCUGGAGGUCAUGUUGGUUGGGGCAGGGGUGAUCGUGGUGGCCCACAGGAUAGGUACAAUAGUGUGGAUGGACGUGGGCGUGGACGUGGACAGGGUCGAUUUGAUAACAGAAGAGAUUUCUCCAAUAGGAGUAGAGGCAGAAGUUAUAGUCGUAGCCCUGAAAGAGUUCGAACAUGGGGCUACAGCCGAAGUCGCAGUCGCAGCGGUAGUCAUAGUAGUAGAAGUUGGAGUCGGAGUAGAAGUCGUAGCAGAAGUAGAAGCAGGAGCAGGAGUUGGUCACGUCGCAAUAGCCGAAGCCGUAGCCGUAGCCAUGAUAAUCACGAGCGAUCACGUGAGAAGAACUUCGAUAGAAAAGACGAUGUACCUACAGAAUCAGUAACUGCUACUUCUCCGGCCACACGAAAGAAUGCUUUCGAAAUAAGAGAAGAUGGGAGGCAGCUUCCUCCAGCAGACAGUAACAACAUCGAACCGGGGAACCCAGAAAAUGGUGCAGAUACGAACGAUCAAAUUGUAAACACCGCAGCUCAAGUAAUAUGAAUCUUUGUAAACCUCUGGCUUCUGGACGAUGACCAGCUUUGGGUUCUGGUCGAGUAAUUCAGUCUGUUUUGAAAAUUUUCUUGCCGGGAAGCUUCUCUGCUCUGCUUUAGAGGAAAAUCUGAUCGAUGAAGGUUUAAAAAGAAUGCGUGUUUGGGAAAUGUUUAGAAUUGAUGAGGAUGAUGCUGUGCUUACACUUUGCAUUGAUAGUUUUUAUGGAUAACGUAAUUUUGAAAAA